AUGGCCUUUAUUUUGUAUUUGACCGCUAGUCUUGGUGCUUUAUUAUUUUCUAGUACCGUUUGGUACAUAAUGUGGAACGUUGAUUAUUUCUUUUUUGUAUGGCAUCCAACAUUGAUGGCUUUAACUAUUUUCAUGGUGACAAAUGGCAUUCUUGCUCUUCAACAAACUAUGACCAGGGAAGAAAAAAGUUUGGGACUUGACUUGCAUAGAUUGAUUCAAACCAUUUCGUUAUUAAGUGCAAUCGGCGGAUUUUACGUCACCUUCACUUUUAAAAAUAUGAAUGAUAAAGAACAUUUCACAACUCCUCAUGGAGUAUUUGGAUUAAUAACAAUUAUACUUUUGAUAAUCCAAUCAGUUGCAGGAGGCACUUUGGUAAAUUUUCCUGGGUUAUUUGGAGGAGUUACCAAGGCACAAAGGAUUUAUAAAUAUCAUCGUAUGAGUGGAUAUUUCUUAUUAUUUCUUGUUUAUUUAACUGCUAUUGGAGGUACACAGAAUGAUUGGACAAAAAAUCAAUUUGAUAAUUUGUGGGUUUGGUUUUCAGCAGUCGGAUUGAUAUUAGUAGGAAUUGUUGGCAGGGUCAAAUCUAACAAAUUGAAAAUUAGAUAA